AUGCACUGUAUGCCACCUGACUGUAUGCCACCUGACUGCAUGCCACCUGACUGUAUGCCACCUGACUGUAUGCCACCUGACUGCAUGCCACCUGACUGUAUGCCACCUGACUGCAUGCCACCUGACUGUAUGCCACCUGACUGUAUGCCACCUGACUGCAUGCCACCUGACUGCAUGCCACCUGACUGUAUGCCACCUGACUGCAUGCCACCUGACUGUAUGCCACCUGACUGUAUGCCACCUGACUGCAUGCCACCUGACUGCAUGCCACCUGACUGCAUGCCACCUGACUGCAUGCCACCUGACUGUAUGCCACCUGACUGCAUGCCACCUGACUGCAUGCCACCUGACUGCAUGCCACCUGACUGCAUGCCACCUGACUGUAUGCCACCUGACUGCAUGCCACCUGGUCACUUCUGUGCUAGUACACAAAGGCAAGCAAUGAAAACCUUGGCAAAUUCCGUUGUGACUCGGAGUUUCAUGGCUGAGCCAAUCAUCAGACAACCAUAA